GCAACCUGACCAGGCUUCCCACCAUUGUUAGACUGCGAAGAAGGUGGCAGCUUAGUAGAAUGUGUCAAGAAUACGUUCCCAUUCGCAGUCGCACCAUCACUUCCAGACGAAACCUGACCAGGCUUUCCACCAUUGUUAGACUGCGAAGAAGGUGGCAGCUUAGUAGAAUGUGACAAGAAUACGUUCCCAUUCACAGUCGCACCAUCGCCCAGAACGUAAACACGCCACGGGACAAGCAGAAAGGGACUGUUCACAAGAGAAAUCAUUCUGAAAACAAUGCAGAAACGACACAGCGACACGAGGCAACAGUACACAAACGCAAAGCACGUGGGCAGAAGCGUGAAAGUUUAAGCGACUUACCCUUCGCGGACACCGUUGACGCCAGGAGGAUCAGAAGGAACACUGUGAGCACGUUCAGUCGCAGUGCCAUCGCAUCGACGAUACCGGUUCAAGUGGAACUUUUCAAGCGGGCCAACUCAACUGGAAUCAGACCAAAAGAAAAGAGAAAGAAGCUCGGCCGAACGAGGAAAAACGAUCGCUCGCCGAUACUCGAUAAGCUCCGUGUGCCGCCGGCGGUUCAACGGCGUAUAUAAGGGUCGCCGUUCAAAACCGGACGUCCAUUCUGAUAACCGAUAAAAGCUGACAAUGUAUGGUUCACCGGGAAUUUUGCUUCUCCUCUGCCUAAUCGCGGCUAAACCAACGGUCCAGACGGAGCCGGCUGCAUCGCCGAGAGUGGUGAUCGUCGGAGCGGGUGCGUCGGGUAUCGCAGCCGCGUCAAGGUUGCUCCAGAAUGGCAUCGACGACGUGCUGAUCCUGGAGGCCGAGGGCAGGAUCGGCGGACGAGUGAACACGGUCGAGUUCGACGACUACGUGGUGGAUCUAGGCGCGCAAUGGGUCCACGGGCACGAAGGGAACGUCGCGUACGACCUAGCGGCGCCGCUCAAUCUCACCGACCACUCGGACCCAUUUGUUUUCAAACUCUGCACGUCCAACGGAGCCGAAAUCGAUCCCGAACUCACGAAUAACAUCACAAACGUGUUCCUGUACUACCUAGAGCAGAUGAAUGACACCGACCUCGUGGGCUGCAGCGGUUCCCUUUCCUCCUGCGUCGAGCCCAAAUUGAGAGAGGAAUUAGCUCAAUAUCCGGCGCUGAACGAGACGACGAUAGAGGAGCUGCUCUGGACGUACAACAUAAUGGUAACUGGGCUUGACCCUGCCGACACAUGGGACGACAUCGCGGCGUGUCAAGGCAACGAAGAAGGCUCGGGCGGAGACAGAGCUGUUAACUGGAAGAAUCGCGGCUACAGUACCAUUCUAGACAUCCUAAUGAAAAAGCUGCCGAACCCAGAGGAGGAGCUGCCGGUGCUGAACAAGACGAUCCUGAACGCCGAGGUGACGAAGAUCGACUACUCGAGCGAGGACGGUCCCGUGAAGCUGACCACGAAGGAUGGCAAAGAGUACGUCGCCGACCAUGUGAUAAUGACGCCAUCUUUGGGGGUGCUGAAAGCUCAGCACGAGGCGAUGUUCAAUCCCCAGCUGCCGGAGUCGAAGAUUAAGAACAUUAAGAACAUAGGCUUCGGGAACGCGGCCAAAGUCUGGCUAGCCUUCGACGACACCUGGUACAACGAAAGGGACUUCAAGAAUCUCGUGUAUCUUCUGAUGUGGAGCGACGCGUACCGGAACGAGCUGGAGAACGACCCGAAGAAGAAGUGGAUGCCGUACACGGCGUCGGUGAACAUCGUCGAGCACAAACCUCGUUUGCUGCUGCUGUGGAUCUCUGGGAAAGGUGGGGCUCUUAUGGAUGACCUCACGGACGAGGAAGUCCUCGAGCACUCGAAAGAACUGCUGCACAGCUUCUUCUCGAAGGAUUACAAUGUCACUGAUCCGGUGGCAAUGAUAAGGAGCAAAUGGCAUCAGAACAAGCACUUCCGGGGGACGUACAGCUACCCAAGCGUGGACACCGCUAAGACGCAGACGAGCGCACGGCAGCUGGGCGAACCAGUCUUGAAAAUGGGCAAACCAGUGAUCCUGUUCGCCGGCGAGGCCACCAACCCGGGCAACUACGCAACGGUGCACGGCGCCAUUGGCGCCGGAUGGCGGGAGGCUGAUAGACUGAUAAGCUUGUACUCCAAAAACAAAUGAACUCCGUAUCGACGAAGAGCGAGCCGAGAAAAACAGCUGUUAUCGAGUGCCUGUAUAUUUACAAAUGUAGAGGUCACGUUUGACUCGUCAAGGUGAUUGGCACAACACCGUAUCAGAGUGUCUAUUCACCUCGAGCUGCGAGUGUGUAGAUGUAUGUAUAUAUUCUAUAAGGAACACGUGCAGAGUAUGUUGUACGACCAAUUGUUUAAUACCUGAUACGGCAGACAGGUUUCAGCGUUUUGCGCCGGUGUCGGUGACAGUGGGGAUUUCCUGAAAUAAAAAUGAUGAAU